AUGGCGGCCACCAAUGUCGACUAUCCCGAUUUCGAGCAUAGCUCACCGGAUCAAAGCAUUGAUUACGUGAAGGAAAGGUGCUACGAACAUAAUGACACUUUCAGUUCGGUCUUGGACCACAGUCCGUCAAAUGACACAGACAUUGGCCCGUCUUGUUCUCGGAUAUUCGAUGGAUUUUGUUGCUGGGACGAAACACCCGCCGGUGAAACUGCUUACCAGCCAUGUCCAUCAUACAUCACUGACUUCGACCCGAAACAAAACGUAUUCAAGAAAUGCUCCGAUGACGGUACCUGGGCCAUGGAUCCCGACACAAACCUAACUUUGACGAAUUAUACGAGCUGCUAUGACAUGGAGAGCCCGGUACUAAGUAUCGUUAACCAAAUAUACGUGUACGGAUAUGGAAUUUCCACUGUCACCUUGUUAAUUUCAAUGUUCAUCUUCAUUUACUUCCGUGCGUUCCGAUUCACCCGUAUCCGAAUCCACGUGCAUCUAUUCGGCGCCUUCAUCGUAAACAAUCUAUCCUGGAUAAUUUGGUUUAAAACCGUCGUAAAUAGUGCUGAGGUCAUUCGAGCAAAUGGAAUAUGGUGCCAAGUUUUACACAUUUUGACUCACUACUUUUUGGUAGCAAGCUACAGUUGGAUGACCAUUGAAAGUAUGAAAAUGCUUCUGGUCAUAGUAAAAGUGUUCCUCGAUGACCAUUUGAUGAAAAAAUAUUUAGGGGCGAUUGGGUGGGUGACCCCGAUAUUCAUCGUUGGCCUCUACGCUAGUGUACGCUACUACAUAUCUGGUCCCACCGAUAGGUGCUGGAUGGGCCACAGCGAAGCUUUAUGGAUUUUAAUAGUACCCAUAUUCAUGUCACUUUUAGUUUCACUAUUCAUCCUAUUAAAUGUCGUCCGCGUUGUGGUCACCAAACUGCGACCGACACCGAGCCGAAGGAUUUACACGGCUAUAAAGAGGGGGAUACGCACUGCCUUCAUUCUGGGUCCAUUAUUUGGUAUACACUUUAUUGUAGUACCGAUCCGUCCUCCAAACGAAACAAAAGGCGAAAAAUUCUUUCACAUCUUAUGGGCUCUCCUCACCAGUCUCCAGGGACUUUGCCUGUCCAUAUUAUACUGCUUUACUGAUAGUGAAGUCAUCGCCGCUAUAAAGCAGUACUACGCGCGCGUCAUGAGUCGCAACGACGAUAUGGAGAUGAGAGGUAUUUAA